CAUAUAACAACCUGUUAAACUUCAAAUAAAGGUAACCUAUAAAAACGUAUAGUAAUUUGUAUUUCACAUACAAAUUAGUUCAAAAGCUACAUAUUGACAUCGAUUCAACAUAAUGUACACGACACGAUAAAAUAAUUUCGUUGCUGUUCUCAUUUAAUCAAAUUGCUCAAUCAUUUCGACGAAAAUUGUUAUGUCGUUAAACGAAUAUAUUUGCACCCCUUUUGUGCUAUGUAAUUCGUAAAAAUGACUGGGUUAAUCGUCUUUUGUACGAUUUGUUUUGUCCUCUACUGCAUUUUCACCUGGGUGAUACCGAGACUUCUAGCAUGGCUAGUGAAGAGACGAUACAAAAUUUAUCUACGAGUCGGCCACAUUUCACUACCGUAUUUUAUACUUCGGGACGUAAAUGUUUCUAAAAAUGGUUUUACGUUGCAAGUCGAAGAAAUCAGUAUACGUAGCAGUCUCUUUAGCAGCGAUGUAGCAAAACUUUUGGCAGUGAUCAUGAAAGACGUUAGAAUUAAUAAGGAUGUUCCAAUGAAAAUUCCAUGCGUGACAAAAAAACCCAAACACCCAGUGGAUUUCAGGAAUAAGAAUAUUCCACCCAUAAUUAUAACGUUUGUACAGUUUAUGGCUGUGCACGUAGAAAAUUUAAGUCUUCUGGUUUUGGGUAAUGGUUGGCUUGCUAAUGGGAGCGCAGAAAGUCUCACUUUGGAUGGUAGCGUUGUUCAUGGAGCUCGUACUCUUCUUGCGUCUGCAGCCGUAAUGGGUGGCGCGAUGAAAUUGUUACGCCACGCGUCGGAUGCGUGUCUUUCACAAGUAUUCUUUGCCGGUACUGCGGAAGCUACUUUAAAAGCGCAAGGAGAACUUUCUGUAGAGAAAUUGUACAUCGGAAUAACGCAGACAGAGGGUUCUGGAGGAGCAGGUCUAAUUACUUUCUUCAAAGACAGAAGCUCAUUAACAGCGACGUCUUCGUAUUCUGAUGCACGCGUCGAUUCUUCCAUUGAUUUAUUGGCUCGAUUAGCACCGGUUAUACCGAAGGAUUUCAUGCUGAAAGUAGGAAAUACUUCUAUAAUCACGGGUAGAGAAGAUGGCGUGGUACUUGGUUUCGAAGGUACAAUGAAAGGUCUUCAAAUUAAUACAAAAUUUCAACCAUGUUCGUCACAGUUAAACCUUACUUUAAAUUUGGACGGGCUGUCUGUCCGUAGCAAACUUCCUAUUUUGACGUUGCGAUCCCUAUUAAUAAAUUCAAAGGUGGAACAGAAUGUUUUGCAAAUUGCUACUCAAAUCAAUAAUCUUUCCAUUAUUUAUGAUCACAAAGAUUGGGAGACGAUAUUAUGCAGCACCGAUCAUGAAAUUUCAAGACCCGUCGGUAGCAUAACGUUAAAAAAUAAAUUACCUUGGUUAGAUGUAAGGGUGAACAUCGAAUUCUAUGAUUCCUCCUUAAGUGUCAAGUUAUUGGAUGUCGAUGAAGUUUCGUGCGGAGUAGCUCAUAUGAAAUGUUCUCUAAAUACGCUUACAGACACGACCGAUGGUUGGAAUACGGAAUUAGUAGUGGAAUCUCUAUAUUGUACUUUAAACGGUUCCAGUACCGUUACCGCGGAAACGUCUCAUCGAUGGGGAACACCUUUGUCUAUCGGGGUAUUGUUAGCUACAACGCGUACCAAUGCUAUAGGAAUUGCAGUAGACGCUCUCGUAACUGAAUGGAGUUUAGAACUUGCUAGAUUUCUUGAAGAGGCGUUUAAAUGUUGUCAAAGGUACAGAAAAUCCGAAACAAUUAAGAAGACCCGAGAGCCGGACAACGUUAUUCAAUUGAAUCUCAAAAUUACGAAUUGUAAUUUAAUUUUUAUCGCGGAAAAUAAUCUAUCUGUAAUGGCACGUUUGGACACUGCGAGUUUGGAGCACAAUGCAAAACGGCUUGUAGCCGUAGCGGAAGGUGUGAGCGCGAUAACCCUGAAUAAAAACGAGCCGAUUAUUUGUCAACACGCACAAGCGUUAGUUCAUCCAUUUUUAGCUAUAAGGAAAUGUAAAGGCGCUGUCGCUUCCGAAACGAUAAAUAUUAGUCUAGAUGGUACCAAUUUAGCAUGGAGUCCGAAUUUACAUCUUCGACUUCUACAGCUUUGGCUAGAGUCCGUAGAUUUUAGAUCGAUUAUAGGUCGAGAUGCAUCACCGAUCGAUGUUCAAGACAAGAAGGUUGAAAAGCAGAAACGGGUGGUGGAUAUACUGGCCACCGGUGGUAUUAAUCUGUCAAUUGAUAUAUCUCCGAAACACUUCCUGGAACUUUCAUCGGAUCAGUUGCGUUGGUCGCAGGGAGAGUGGAGGUUGAAUUAUGUUCGCGCUACAUUAGAUAUGGCCGACAUAAUUAUGAUAGAGGGUUUCGAACUUGUUAAAGCAUCGGAGAAUAAAGAAGUGCGAAUAGAAAGACAAAGUAACGAGGGUUUUGUUCUGGAUUGGAACGAGACUUGGGUGCUUAACAUCGAAUCGGUGAAGGCUUGCUUCCCGUACGAGCAUCAGUUCACUGACGCUAUCCAAAACGAAUUGUUCAGUAUAAGGAAAUGGUUGAAGGAAAUUCAUUCUGCUUCGAGUAGGAAAAAGGAAAAGCGUUUACCGCGCGAUUUGAUUCUGAAGAUAAAAGAGUGGGUAUUCGAAGUGAGCGAUGACCCGUUCGAGGUACGGUUGCGGGACAAUUACGAGCUUUUGGAGGACGAAUACAAGGAGAGCUUGAAACGUCAGGCGAUGCUCGAUGCUAAAGUACAAGAGCUUUGUCGUGCUCAUUUGUUGUUGCCCCAGGAUAAAGUCGAAGAACUAUAUGCCAGUUUAAACAAGAAGAAUGCCGAGAUUUACGUGCAAAGGUGGAAGCAAAUGCAACGCGCUGGCCCAGCGAGGACGCGAUUGUUCGCGUGGUCUAUGCUAGAUCUCGAAAUAUUGAUCUUGGCGGAUCCAUCGAUCGACGGUAUGGAUAAUGCGACAAAGGCUCUCCGGGAAAUGGACGCGGAGACGCCUUGGCCCGAGGAUGGCCUCGAGUUUAGCGCGCUCUGGGUCAGAGGAAUAAGCCUGAAAUGCGCCGAAUGGAAGCUACACUUACGUGAUUUCCCGCAGCCAUUACUGCUCGUUGAAAGUUUGAGCGUGUGGGGUAGACUGGCUGGCGCGGAGGCUCUGGCGCCAUCUCGAGCAAGACGCACCGUGAGAAUCGAGAUCGGCGCGCCUUGGGAGGAUAUCGUCGUGGAAAGAGGAAUGACGUCCUUGAAAUAUUAUCACGAUCUGAAUUGGGAUAUCGAUAAAUUUAGAUACGCUUUUGGACCGUGUUGGGAACCGGUGAUAGCUCAGUGCAAUCUCAGCUUCGAGAAGAUACUUCAUCCGUCGCGAGACCCGAGUCCUCCGUUACCAUUCUGGGAUAAAAUGCGACUGGCUCUUCACGGAAGAUUAACGCUUUGCGUGAAACAGUUGACGGUUUUGCUUCACGGCUCGCUAGACCCGUACAACACGACGGAAGAGAUGGAACUGACAUGGUCGGGGCUGGAACUGGAUUGGACACAGGGAAAGAUUAUCGUGAAAGGGGAUCUGGACGUUUACGUUCGCACGGCGAGCAAAUACGACGAUUGCAGAUUGCUUCAUCUACCGAACGUGCGUCUGAGCAUAAAGCUGGCAUGGGUUUGCUUAGGCGAUCCCAGGGAUCAUCAUGCCGCGAUACCUUGCGCCGCCGAUCGACUUCCGGAAUAUUCGAGCAACCAGGAGCACGAUUCGUUCAGGGCGUUUCGAUCGCAGAAUUUAAACGUCAGUCUUUCGCUCGAGACGAAGCCGAUCUCCGGGUCUCCGGCACUCACAAGCGCACCGACCGCGUUGCUUUACGGGAGUACUUUAAGAUGGUUCGAGAAUCUCAAGUUCAUUUUGUCCGGAGCGACGAGGCCAACGAGGAAAGGACCGCUCUUCAAGAACAUCAGACCUCGGAAGAAGCAACUCAGCAGACAUUACAGAAAAGUCAGAUUGACCUUGGCUUUCCAUCGAUUUCACGUCAGCUAUUGGAUGUCGUUCGCGAUGCAACGCGGAUUUGAGGUGACCGGCGGGAGGGUGGCUUGUAGCUCCGAGCACAGCUUGUCGUUGCACCCGAUCGGCGACGGUUUGAUACAUCGACCGCGAGCGGAAUGGUCGGUGGUGUACAUGAACUGCGAGCUCAGCGAUGCGGAGAUUUGGCUGAAGAGCGCUCUCCAAGAGGACGAGGAGAGUGCCUCGCUGCGACAACCGGUCGAGAAGUGUUACUGUUUGAGCGUGGCUCGUGUCAGUUACGGCAGAGAGGCAAUGGUAACCGGGGUGAGCGGAGGAGACACGCCCACGCAUAGGCUCGUCGUGCACGAUUUGAAGGGAGCUUGGACGAAAACGAACAGAGACGUUGCCUUCGCGCUUUUCGAUUCCUUCAUAAAAACUCAACAGCUGAAGAAAAAUCUUUCGACCGCGGCACUGAAAGGAUUCCACAGGGAAAAUUCUGUGACUGCGCAUAAGAAUCGAACGAGACCCGUCGAGCCGCAAAACGCACCAGCGCAAAUAAGCUCGUCGUCCGCGACGAAACCGCAACAGGGGGAGGCAGUCGGGAUGUUGCAAAGAUUGAUAGCCGAAGCCGCGAACAAGCCGGUCGCGUUCAGCGACGAUCUUUCGGUGCAAACGAGAGGUCAGCAAUUGCGCGGAUUGGCAGCUUGUCACCAAGACGACGUUCUGCACAAAAAUUGGCUAAUUGCCUUGGUGAACAGUCAAGUAUUGCUGAAAGGUAUUGAAACACGAGGUUACGUGAUUUUAUCCGCGGCCAAGGCUGAAAUAUUGCAGAGAAUUCAUCAACCAGUAUGGAAGGAGAGAACUCUGGUGUCGAAGACAACGUGGGUCGGGUCGUUGGAAUGUAUGCAAUAUUAUGCAACCGUCAGCGCCAACAUUGACGAAAAUAUCGACGAUAAUAUAAUGUGGUUGACGUUGGACAACAUACAGGAAAAAGAUUCGACUGUGAUAGCUGGUUUACCGGAUGUACCAGCACUGGUAGGUUCCGGACAGAGCGUAGGCGGUGUUGUGAGUCAAACCGUUGGUGGCGGUGGCGGACCCCAACACCAACUCCAACGAAUCGUCUCGAGAUGCAAAUGUGAAUUUUUCUACGUUGGCUAUGGCCAGGUGCUAGACGUUGGAUCUAUAGAUCAAGUCCCUCCGCCUCCAAGAGAAGAAGUCAGUUUAUGGGAAAGAAAAGAACUUUCGGCUGCCGAUGCAUUCACGUUAAUGCAUCACGAUUUGGAUGUCUGUACGAAUUCCCUGCAGUACGCUAUGAUUUUAGAUAUUGUGAACAAUCUAUUGCUUUACGUCGAGCCAAGGAGAAAGGAACGAUUGCAGAGAAUGAGAUUUCAAUUACAGCUACACUCGGUAGAGGAUCAGAAACGACCGAUUCAACAGUUGCAAAACACUGUGCGCGGAUUGGUAGCGAAAUUAAGAAGAUUGGAACGUGAAACAUACUUGGUGCAAAAAGCUCUCGCGGAUGAAUCUAGUCCUGAGUUGUUGGCAGAAAUGGAACGAUUGGAAGUGAGAGUUUUCGAGUGCAAGGAACAACUCAGUGCUAAGGCGGAGGAACUUGAUGUGAUGUUAAGCUGCUAUAAAGAAACCACCGCCCCCACCACAGCCUCGACUACUUUAAAGGAUAAACCAGCAUCGGUCGCGAGAGUGGCUGAAAUUUGUUUCAAGCAUGCCCAGUGGAGGUUGACGGACGCGGAUGGACAAUUGGGUAUCGCUGACCUUAUCUUAACCAAUUUCUUGUACACCAAAACUAGCAAAACCGACGACUCGGUCGAGCAUCUUCUCGAGUUGGGAUACGUUAGGAUGACUAAUUUAUUACCAAACCAAAUUUACACAGAAGUAUUGACACCCACGGAAUUACAAAGUAACAUGCCCGUUGAUAGGCAAAGAGCCCUUCGAGUUUUUUGUAGGGAAAAAGCACCGGUUGCUGGAAUAUCCGUGAAAGAACAUUUCGAGAUCAAUGUGGUUCCUUUAACGAUAGGUUUAACGAAGAAAUUUUUCAACACCAUGCUUAAAUUCUGUUUUCCCGAGAGAGAUCCAGAGGGAAUAGAAGAGCCACCUGCGCCGCAACGAGAUUCCUCGUUUUACGUACCAAUUGAAAGAAGAGACGAUGUUGAAAAGAUGAAAGAAAGAGCGGAUAAAAAUAAACUUUUUAUAUACAUAAAAAUACCAGAAGUACCCGUUCGUGUUUCUUACAAGGGGAAUAAAGAAAAAAAUCUAGAAGACGUUCGUGACUUUGCUCUAGUAAUACCUACAUUGGAAUAUCACAAUGUCACAUGGACGUGGCUCGAUUUGCUUCUGGCUAUGAAAAGUGAUUCCAGACGCGUAAUAUUAAGUCAAGCUAUUAAACAAAAAUUACAGAUCAAGCCAAGAGGCCCGCAGGAAGAGUCUGCCCCGCAAGAAGAAGAUAAAGCUCGACUUUUGUUAGGAGCUAGACAUCUACCCGGUGACGCGAGAAAGAAAGGAGUAUUUAAAUUUAAGUAGUCUACUAUUCCUGUCCCUAGACAUUGGUAUUUAUUGUAAUAAAAUAUUUACUAAAAAAAAGGAAGUCGGAUGUAUUCAACAUAUAGUACCUAGACUAGAUUAUGUACAUCGUUUGCGCGUUAAGUAUUUUUAUUAAAACGAAACAAUAUUC